CGACAGCAGCGCGUUCAAGUUGAGCGCAUGCGCGUUUCAUCCUGGUUAGCUCGGUUUACCUCAGAUCCUGUUUCUGUGUGGGAGCUAACGGUGUGUGCGCGCGUGCACAUAUGUCCAUCACACAAGCCAGAGCCGGUGUUUGUACAGUUUCUUUGUUUGCCCCACGGUGUAGCCAUGCGUGGUUAAUACGAUUAGCUGAACUCGUCUCCUCUUUCCUUUUCUCUCCUCUCCGUGUGAGAAGGCAGAAGAAUGAUCACAUCCUUAUCUAAGGGAAAUUUACUCGAUGUGCUGCAGGACGGCUUCAAUAAUGAGCAACAACUGGUGGCGUACGUGUCGUGGGUGAACGCUCAGCUGAAGAAGAAGCCUGGUCUGAAGCCUGUGAGUGACCUGCGACAGGAUCUCAGAGACGGCGUGGUGCUCGCACACCUCAUCGAGAUAGUGGCUGGCGAGCUCCUUGAGGGUAUUCAUUAUUCGCCAAAGGACAACCAAGAGAAGAGAGAAAAUGUGGACAAGGUUUUGCAGUUUGUGUCCUCUAAGCGGAUACGCAUGCCACAGACUUCUGCCAGAGACAUUGUGGAAGGGAACCUCAAAUCUGCCAUGAGGCUGAUCCUAGCACUAGCAGCACAUUUUAAGCCAUCUGCCUCAGCCAAUCACAGAGCAGGAGCUGCCUUUGGUAGGAACUCAACCAGCUCAUCAGCCAAUCACAGACCUCAUUCCACUAUGGCCAUGGCCCAGAAUGCAGCUGCGGCUUUAGCAGCUGCCCGGAGCGAUGCGUCUCGCUCAGGACGCAGCGUUCACCAGCUCAGACAGGACUGGCAGAGGCGAAGCUCCAGUGCUGAUGAGGAGAUCGAGAGCCCAUGCUGGAGUGUGCGGGCUUUGGUCCAGCAGUAUGAGGGCCAGGGAGAAGCCGACAUGGACAACACAGAGACAGGAGACCAAAGCUUGAGCACCUCCAGUCCCAACCACAUGCCCAAAGACCCCACCAGCAGCUCUCAAGACAAAGAACAGCUUUUUAGUGUCCAGUCAGGACACGCCAAAGACAAUAUGACAGGUGGCCCAGCAGCAUCCCAGGAGCAUGAUGGGAGAUAUAACUGUGCCUGGGAGGAGCAACUGUGGGAACAGCAGGAGCAGUUAGAGAGAGAGAUGGUGGAGGCCAGGAGAAUGGUGUCCAGCUUACAGGCUUUGCUUCUCUACGGCUCUUUGCCUGACGACGAGCAGGAGGUUUCUCUAAGUUUCGGAGAGGGAGUGGAAAAUGUUGAGCAACAACUGGUAAUAAUCCGCAGUCGUCUUGACCAGAGCAUGGAGGAGAGUCUGGAACUGAAGAGGGAGCUGUUGAAGUACAAACAGGAGGCACGUAAUCUACAAGGAGUCAAAGAUGCUCUGCAGCAACGUAUGACUGUACAGGAGUCCUCUGUGUUACAGCUCAAACAAGAGCUUCUGCGUACCACCAUGAACCGUGAUGAACUGGCGAGACAAAAUGCAGAGCUUCACAAGAAGCUAGAAGAGAGGAACAGGCUUCUCAGUGAAUAUACGAAAGAGUUAGGACAGAAGGAUCGCCUGCUUCACCAACAGCAGUUCAAACUGGACGAAGCAAUACGCAAGCUGACAGACAGCAACAGCCAGCAGGCUGACCUGCAGAGGGAGCUGGAGAACAAGCAGAGGAUUCUUCAGGAGCUGACUGAUCAUGAUGAGGAGCUACCUGGAUCUCCAAGCAAUGGCUACAUGCAUCCAGCAGCCCUGGAUCUCAGUACAGCACAAGCACACAAGGGCACGGAGGAGCUGCAGUUGGUUCGGGAUGCUCUUCGCAGUCUGAGGAACUGUUUCGGAGGCCACGACCCACAGCACCACACACUGGACACACUGGAGCAGGGCAUGACCAGCCUUAUGGACCGCCUUUACACACUGGAGUCACAGACCAGACAGCAGAGUAAGGCAAGGGUGAGGUCUCCAGGACACAAGGCCACUCACACAGACAGGGACUCCUGGCCAUCCAGCAGCAAAUUGGUCCACUCUCACAGCAGCCCUAUGCUUAACUCCUCCCCCUCCACCAAAGUCCUCUACUUCACAGACCGCUCACUCACACCCUUUAUGAUCAACAUCCCUAAGAGGUUGGGAGAAAUUACCCUUAAAGACUUUAAAGUGGCUAUAGAUCGAGAAGGCAGUUACAGAUACCAUUUUAAAGCUUUGGACCCUGAGUUUGGCACUGUGAAAGAGGAGAUGUUUCAGGAUGAGGCAGUGGUGCCUGGCUGGGAGGGCAAGAUCGUGGCAUGGGUGGAGGAAGAUCAUGGCGAGGGGAGGAUCUAACAGGAAGCCUGAGAAAACCCCCGCUGGGAUCAGAUGUGAUGGGGAGGAUGAACUGUGCCAAUCUGUCAGAAUAAAUGUGCUUGUGCCGGAUGUACAGAUGCUCAACUCUCACUUGAAAUUCUAAAAUCCUCCUGUUCUGUGUACCGCUGUCUUUCUGUGUAAGUCAAAUGAAAGCAGGAUAACAGAAGGGACACCUGGGGGUUAAUUAGACGUGCAGAACACGAUCCUGUCCAUUCUGUUCCCAGAACAGCUGUCUCCAGAAACGCAGGACACUGUAGUAACCAGGUGAAGUGUCGAUCACACAAGCUGCCUACAGCAUGAAGCUCUCAAGUCAUUUUGCUACAAAAUGAUGUCAGCUAAUGUGACUGAUAUCAUGUUAGAAGAUGUGUGGAAAGAUUAAGAUGUCCAUCAGUUGCCUUCAGUGAAGGCCAGGCUUGUACCAGCAAUCCAGCACAUUUUCCCCUUUUAAUCUUUUUUUUUUUUUUUUUUUUUUGAUUAACCUUUAAAGUUUGGGUUUUCUGGACAGAUAUUCCAUAAAAAUGUGUAUUUAGGUCAGUCAGGAUUCUAAUAGUUUCUCAAUACUUAGCCCAAGCCCUAAGUCUACAGGACCAAAGUGAUGUUAAGAUAUUAAAUGCUGGUUUAAUUCAUACAAAUAAGGUCUUUCUCAGUACCAAGAGUGUGUGAAACGGACUUGUGUUCCUUCGAACAAUGAUUUUUGAUGAAUUCGUGAUUAGAGAUGGGUGAUAUUUAAGGAAUAAAACACAGAGACUUGAUCGAAAAACAGUUAGCUCAAGUUAUCAGUUACACCCUUCACCAUAUUUCCUUAUCUGUUAAAUAACAUGUAUUUGUUAUUCAUUAUUCCCAGCAUACCCAGCGAAUACGCUGUUACUAUGGAAAUGAUAAUGCAUUAGAAUGGACACAUGAAUGUAAACCUGCUGUGACAUCAUCGUUCACAAUUUUGAUAUCAUGUCAUCAGGUUAACCGCUGUUAAAGUAUGAAAGGUAAUUUAUUAGUAAAUAUUCCAUUGUUACAUUCCUCACGUCCCAUUUUUCAGACAUGCUGUUUAGUUUAAAGAAUUGAAAACAUCCCAGUUAUGAAAUGCCUCAUCCACCAGUGGUACGUUAUUGCAAUGAAUUAAUGGUCUUUGAGUUCAUUGUAAGAUGUAAGACAGCAAUCAACACACCUUCAAAAUUCAUCGAGUAUAAGACGCUCUUAUUUUACUCACUCUUGGUUACUUGCGCACAUCAGUGUAGAAAAUGAACAUGAGAAACACCUAGAGGAUCCCGAGAUUGCCUUAAGACUAACACCGAAAGGCACAAAUACAGUGUAAAAGGUGUCUGCCUCAUUUGAAACCAUCUGUUUUGCAUCUUUAUGUGAAGUUACAUUAGUUUCUAUGGGAUAGUACAAAGCUACAAUUACACCGCACUGAUUUGGAAACUGUAGCAGAGUUUACAGAGUAGAAUCCGGCUGUGCCUGGACCGAACCAGAACCAGUUAGUCAUCCAAAUAAGACUUGUACCUGUGUCUUGUUUUUACAUUUUAAAUAUGUAUAUAGAUAUGUUUAUAUUUCAGAGAGAGGCUUGAUAUGAUUUUAUAUGAUCAAUGUUUUGUUUUGUUUUAUUUUGAGUGUUUAAAAGAAAUGUUCGCCUUUACAAGGAGGAUUUUACAAUUUAUUUUACCGCAGUUUGCGUUUUUCUUUAGGCAUCUAUGAUUUCAUGUACUUUUCAGUGUUGCACUUGAAACCACAGUAACGUCACUCGGAUAACAUUCCUGCUAGUGAUUGUUAAUAACGGUUGGAUUUUUGAUUGCAAAUAAACAAAGUGAAUAUCAGCAUUUAA